AUGUCCGAAUCCAAUUUUCAAUCAUCUGAACAAUCAAAUCACAACACUACCGAAAUUUUUACCAACAAUGAGGAAUCCAACAACCAUGAGGCGCUUGAAGCUUACGCCACCGAGCCUGCCACCGAACCUAUCGUGUCGAGCGCUUCCUCUACCGCCACAUCCCAUGCAACAAAUGAAGGUCGCUGGGGUGAGUUGCAGGCCGGAGAGCCAGUCUCUCGCACCGGCGCCGUUGAAGACUUGGAGGAGAUGCGCCGCGAAUUGACCCGCCUUAGCUUGCAUCGCACUCGCUCGAAUACCGCAAAGAGCAUCCACAAAUUGAAAUCCCGCGCUAGCCAGCGUCACGACGAGGAGAAGGGAUUGGAAGACGAAACCGAUGCCGAGAAAGAUGGCGAAUUCGAUCUAGGUGAUUUCCUUGUCAGUGGACAUCUGGAGCGUCGCACUACUGCCGGUGACCCUGCCAAGAUGGUGGGUGUCGUUUUCAAGAACCUCACCGUCAUGGGUGUGCAAACAGGCGCAUCAUUCGUGCGGACCCUUCCUCACGCUGUCGUAGGCACAUUUGGCCCCGAUCUAUACAAUGUCAUUUGCCGUUUUGUUCCCCAGCUGCGGUUUGGUAAGAAGCCGCCAAUUCGCGAAUUGAUCAGCGAUUUUAGUGGUACUGUGCGAGAGGGUGAGAUGAUGCUUGUUUUGGGUCGUCCUGGUGCCGGAUGUACUACUUUUCUCAAGGCUGUUGCCAACGACCGAAGUGCUUUCGCUGGUGUCAACGGCGAGGUCAGCUAUGGUGGCCUUUCAGCAGAGGAACAAAACCGCCGUUUCCGUGGUGAAGUCAACUACAACCCCGAAGACGAUCAACAUUUCCCCUCGCUUACCGUCUGGCAAACUUUGAAGUUUUCGCUUAUCAAUAAGACUCGCAAGCAUGACCGUGAAAGCAUUCCUGUUAUUAUCGAUGCGCUUCUGAAGAUGUUUGGUAUCAGCCAUACCAAGAAUACUUUAGUCGGUAACGAGUAUGUCCGUGGUGUUUCUGGUGGUGAAAGGAAGCGGGUUUCUAUCGCAGAGACUCUGGCUACGAAAUCGACUGUUGUCUGCUGGGACAACUCUACUCGUGGUCUGGAUGCCAGCACUGCCCUUGACUACGCCAAGUCACUUCGUAUCAUGACCGACGUCAGCAAGCGUACUACCCUUGUUACCCUUUACCAAGCUGGAGAAAGUAUCUACGAACUCAUGGAUAAGGUUAUGGUCAUUGACAAUGGUCGCAUGCUCUACCAAGGCCCUGCAAACGAAGCGCGCAAGUACUUCAUUGACCUCGGAUUCCACUGCCCCGAGCAAUCAACCACCGCCGACUUCUUGACCUCCCUUUGUGACCCCAACGCCCGCCAAUUUCAGAUCGGCUGCGAAGCAUCAACCCCGAAGACCGCAGAGGAGCUCGAACAGGUGUUCAGAAACAGCACCGCCUACAAGCGUAUUUGGGAUGACGUGUGCAACUAUGAGAAGCGUCUGGAGGAUACUCAGCAAGAGGAUACUCGUCGCUUCCAGAGCAGCGUUGCUCAGUCCAAGAGUAAGACUGUCUCCAAAAGUUCUCCAUACACAGUCUCUCUUGUCCGACAGGUUGCCGCCUGUGUCAAGCGAGAAUUCUGGCUUCUUUGGGGUGAUAAGACUUCUCUUUAUACCAAGUAUUUCAUUAUUAUCUCUAACGGUCUGAUCGUCGCCUCUCUUUUUUACGGUGAAUCGAUGGAUACUAGCGGUGCUUUCUCUCGUGGUGGUGCUCUUUUCUUCUCUAUUCUGUUCCUUGGCUGGCUGCAAUUGACCGAGCUCAUGCCUGCUGUGACAGGCAGAGGAAUCGUCGCUCGACACAAAGAUUAUGCUUUCUACCGUCCGUCUGCCGUUGCCAUCGCGCGUGUAGUCGUUGACUUCCCCGCUAUCUUCUGCAUGGUUGUUCCGUUCUCCAUCAUCGUCUAUUUCAUGACAGGCCUGGAUACCACUGCUUCUCAAUUCUUUAUUUACUUCUUGUUUGUGUACACAACCACGUUCUGCAUCACCUCCAUGUACCGAAUGUUUGCAGCGCUUUCACCAACUAUUGAUGACGCUGUUCGCUUUGCUGGUAUUGCAUUGAACCUUCUGAUUCUUUACGUGGGCUACGUGAUUCCGAAGCAAACGCUUAUUGGAAGCUCGAUUUGGUUUGGAUGGCUCUUCUAUGUUAAUCCGAUCUCAUACGCCUACGAGUCUGUCUUGAGCAACGAGUUUUCCGACCGGGUAAUGGAAUGUGCGGCCGAGCAACUUGUGCCUAGUGGCCCGGGAGCUAGGGCUGGCUACCAGGGCUGUGCCUUGACUGGCACAAAUGUAGAUCAAACAUCUGUUCCUGGCUCUCAAUACUUGGAAGCGAACUUCCAGUUCACCCGCAGCCACCUGUGGCGCAAUUUCGGCGUCGUCAUUGCCUUUACUGUUCUCUAUAUCCUGGUCACUGUCUGGGCUGCCGAGUUCCUCUCCUUUGUUGGUGGCGGUGGCGGUGCCCUGGUCUUCAAGAAGUCUAAGCGCUCCAAGCAGAUUGCUGCUGCUACUUCUAGCUCAGCCAACGACGAAGAGAAUAUUGGCAAGACAAGUGAUGAUGCCGCGGUCACCCGUGCUUAUGGAUCCUCUUCUUCAUCUGGUGAUGCUGCUUUCAACCGACUUUCUUCGAGCGAGCGAUGCUUCACUUGGUCCGAUGUCGAGUACACAGUGCCUUACGGUAAUGGAACUCGCAAGCUUCUGAACAACGUCAAUGGAUAUGCCAAACCCGGUGUUAUGAUCGCUCUGAUGGGUGCUUCUGGUGCCGGAAAGACGACACUACUCAACACUUUGGCUCAGCGACAGAAGAUGGGCGUUGUCAAGGGCGACAUGCUUGUUGAUGGCCACCCGCUUGGCCCUGACUUCCAACGCGGUACUGGAUUCUGUGAGCAAAUGGAUCUUCAUGACAAUACCUCUACUAUCCGUGAAGCUUUCGAAUUCUCAGCUAUUCUUCGCCAGGAGCGUACCAUCCCUCGCGAAGAAAAGAUCGAGUACGUUGACCGUAUCAUCGAUCUCCUGGAGCUCGAAGAGAUUCAAGAUGCGAUAAUUGGUUCCCUGAACGUCGAGCAAAAGAAGCGUGUUACUAUUGGUGUUGAACUUGCCGCUAAGCCCAGUCUUCUCCUUUUCCUGGAUGAGCCUACCAGUGGUCUCGACAGUCAAGCUGCUUUCUCCAUUGUCCGGUUCUUGAAGAAGCUCUCUCAAGCCGGUCAAGCCAUCGUUUGCACCAUUCACCAGCCUUCUUCAAUGCUGAUCCAGCAGUUCGACAUGAUUCUCGCCCUGAACCCCGGCGGUAACACUUUCUACUUCGGUUCCGUUGGCAAAGAAGGUUCCGACGUAAUUAAGUACUUUGCCGACCGUGGAUUUGUCUGCCCACCCUCAAAGAACGUGGCCGAGUUCAUCCUGGAAACUGCCGCCAAAGCAACCAGUCGCAAUGGCAAGCAAGUUGACUGGAACGAAGAAUGGCGCAGCUCCGAACAGAACCGUGAAAUGCUUCAGGAAAUUGAACGCAUCAGAGCUGAACGCAGCAAGCUCCCCAUUGAAGAAUCGGGUAGCACGAACUAUGAGUUUGCCGCGCCGACUAUGGUUCAAACUGAGCUGCUCACCAAGCGACUUUUCCUCCAGUACUGGCGUGACCCAUCUUACUACUACGGUAAACUCUUCGUCAGCGUGAUCAUCGGUAUCUUCAACGGCUUUACCUUCUGGAUGCUCCCCAACACCGUUGCCAGCAUGCAAGACCGCAUGUUCUCUGCCUUCCUUAUUAUCCUGAUUCCCCCUAUCGUCCUGAACUCUGUUGUCCCCAAGUUCUAUAUCAACCGCGCCCUCUGGGAAGCCCGUGAAUACCCAUCUCGUAUCUAUGGCUGGUUCGCCUUCUGUACUGCCAACGUCGUCUGUGAGAUCCCCGCCGCCAUCGUGACAGGUCUCGUCUACUGGCUCUUCUGGUACUACCCAGUCGGCCUGCCCACCGAUUCCUCCAGCGCAGGCUAUGUCUUCUUAAUGUCGAUGCUGUUCUUCCUCUUCCAAGCCUCCUGGGGCCAGUGGAUCUGCGCUUUCGCUCCCUCAUUCACCGUCAUCUCCAACAUCCUGCCUUUCUUCUUCGUCAUGGUCAACUUGUUCAACGGUAUUGUCCGUCCAUACUCAGAGUACCCUGUCUUCUGGAAGUACUGGAUGUACUAUGUAAACCCGGUAACCUGGUGGCUGCGCGGCGUUCUUUCCGCAGUCCUCCCUUCUGUCCAAAUCACUUGUGCCGAGGCAGAGACUACCAAGUUCAACCCACCCCCUGGCAUGACAUGUGGUGAAUACGCAGGUGAAUAUGUUAGCAAGAUUGCCGGCAUUGGAUAUCUUGUCAGUACCUCGGAUACUUCUGACUGUCAGUACUGCCAGUACAAGGAUGGCUCGGAGUACAUGAACCAACUGAAUGUUCAUGAGGGAGACAAGUGGCGCUGCUUUGGCAUCUUCCUCGCAUUUGUGAUCAUCAAUUGGUUCCUCGUCUACUUUUUCAUUUACACUGUCCGGGUCCGUGGAUGGAGCUUCGGGUUUGGAUAUCUCUUCGGAUUGGGCGGUAUGCUGAUUGAGGGUACCAAGGGAUUGUUCAAGGGCAAGAACAAGGAGGAGCAGAAUCAGCAGUAG